CAAGUUUCCGUUACACGGUCCUCAGUGUAACGUUUCAGGCGCGUUACUUGGUAUCAUACCGCCUCCAGCGCUGCUGGCCAGAUGGCAGCGCGAGGUAAUCUUCUUAAUAGCGCGCGCCGCAUGUUCUGAAUGAGACAGGGAGGCACAAAAAAAAAGGAAUAACAACUUCAACAAGUUCAGCUUUAACCUAAUGUUUGUAAACGAAGACGGACAAAGUUAUUUAGACGUGUUUUACAAUAGACUACCUUUGAGGGGGGAAGUUAAUUAUUUUACCGGCUGACAGGUGUGAGGAGCAACCUGUGGAAGAUUUGUUUUUUUGACUCAUGCAACAACAAGUGGAAUGCUGGUCGAUGGCAGACGGAUGAUGGGGAAGAGGUUUUUAUAGGAGAUUGUGAAAUCCUACCUAUCAUGUGGAGGCUUUGGUUGUGGUUUGCCUGAUUUGCGGAUGUGGGGGUGAGGGACAGAGACUGUGUAACUGAGGACUAAUCUCAGUAGCUUCACCCUAGGGGCCCUGGUCUGUAAAAAUGUCCCUGUAACCGUGGAAUCCCGGAGCCAUGACAGUCAUCACUUAUUCACACAGCUUGGGGAAGCUUCAGAACAAAAUUCCAGUUCUUGAAGAUCCUGCAUCCUUCAGGACUGUUCCAGAACCCGUUGUGAAGAUCCAUAAACCUAGAACCGUGCUGAACUCUUUAAAGAUCCAAGAACUGCAUGGAGUUAAAUGUAUAAAGGUCAAUGAAAAGAAUGAUAAUAAAGAAAAAAAUAUUCUAAGGAAGCUCCAAACAAUGGGCCAAGAUGUUCACAUUUGCAGAAAAGACCAUAGAAAAUAUGUCAAAGGAUGUGUCAAGUUGGCUAAUGAAGAGGAUGACAGCACAGAUCUCGCAGGGAUAUGUUCGUUUACAAAAAAGGGGAAGGAUAUUCUGCAAAUAUACAACAGGAUACAAAACAAGCAGCUCAGGCUUGUGUUUAAAUUGGCAGAUCGCAGCGCAAAUGGAGGGAAAAUAAAGAUGAAUUUCAUGAGACUUGGGCAACCUAAGGUCCAGCUCUGGUUAUGUCUUCUUAUCCUGAGCUUCUGUGCUAAACCUGUUUCAUCACAGGGACAUUUCCCACGAAUGGAGAAUGUUGCAGCUUUCAAACCUGUGUCCACACUGCCGGCUCGAUCCACCUGUGGUUUUCCAAAGCAGAGCAGCUACUGCCAAUCACCUUCCUCACGGGAUGAACUGCAUUUGUGUUUUGAAGCCAUGUGUGUCCAGGAGUGCCCCUAUAGAUCCUCCACACCACCGUAUGCGCAACUGCUCUUCGCUCCACAAAGGGGUACCUGUGUAACUGAAGAUGUGGUUGACACUCAUCCUGGGACGGAAACAGCGGCUGGAAGCACAACAAGUCCAGAUGGACUUUCUGUUGUAGCUCAGAGUGUACUGUUUCAGCCCAGCGAAGAUGGAUGUCUGGUCACUCCUCCUUCACAGGCAAUAGGACCACGUGGUUCCCUUACUUUGGCUGUCUGGUUAAAGCCAAGCUCCAAUGGAGAAAUGAUGUUGCUGGAGAAAAGCUCAGAGAAGCGGUUGGUCUUUUCUUUGACAGUAUCAGAGCGAGCUGUAACCUUCCGAUACAAUGCGACCAAUGGUCGGACCUCUCCUAGUGUAAGCUUCAGAACAGAAGGACGGCUACAGCUGAACAGAUGGACUCAUCUUACUUUGCAGAUCUACGACAGGCAUGCAAGUCUUUUUCUUGAUGGACUUGAAGAUGACCAAACACCGUUUGACACAAAACAUCUGAUGAGCCCACUUUCUGAUAUCGACGAGUAUGGUGACAUGUGGGUGGGACUUAGCUCCAAUGGGUCUAAUCAGUUCAUUGGGCGGAUGCAGGACUUUAGAUAUUAUCCUACUACACUGACCAACAGAGAAAUAGUCCAGUUGUAUUCCGGAGUCAUGCCAAAGCUGCAUGUCCACUCUGAGUGCCGCUGUCCUUCCAGCCAUCCCAGAGUACAUCCAUUAGUUGAGAGAUACUGUAUUCCUAAUGCUGUUGAGGACACCACUAAUGACAGGGUCUUGAGACUAAACAUCAACGCUCAUCCACUUAGUUACAUUAAUGAUCAAGAUAUGGGCACCAUGUGGCUGUCUAAGGUCAUGAGUUUGCAGGAGCUAGAUGACGGAAUCACUAUUACAGUGGAUUUGGCUAAUGGACAAUAUCAGGUGUUCUACGUUAUAGUGCAGUUUCGGGGGCCUUUGCCUGAGUCAGUUUUGAUUCAGAGACAGAAGCUUCCUUUUUCUGAGCAGGAGAUGGAUAUGACAGAGCAAUCCUGGUUAGAUUGGCAGUAUAUGGCCAGAAACUGCAAUGUUUUUGAUAUGCAGAACAAUGGACCAUUACCAAGACCAGACUCUGUCAACUGCCAGCAAAUGCCCAGUGAUGUGCCACUUUUAGGAGGUAAUAUCACCUUUAGUCUCCUGACCACACAGCCACAUCCGAGGCCAGGAUAUAAUGACUUCUAUAAAACUCCUGGCCUGCAAGAGAUGGUGCUAGCUUCCCAGGUCAGAAUACAUAUGAAAGGACAAUACCACACCGGAGCAGAUGGAGUCGACCAGCGACACAGACACUUUGCCAUAAGUGAGAUCACAAUCAGUGGCAGAUGUGAGUGUCACGGCCAUGCAGAUCAGUGUGACACCAGUGUGACCCCUUACCGCUGUCUGUGUCUACCUGAGAGCCACACCGUCGGAAAUAAUUGCGAACGCUGUGCACCACUCUACAAUGACAAACCCUUCAGGUCAGGUGAUCAGCUCCAGCCUAUGAACUGCAGACUCUGUCAGUGUUAUGGUCAUGCUGUUUCUUGUCAUUAUGAUGUCCUUGCUGACGAGCAUCCACAUGAGCACUAUCGUGGAGGAGGAGGAGUCUGUGACCACUGCAUUCACAAUACUACAGGAAAGAACUGCGAGCAGUGUGUAAGUGGAUUCUUCAGGAUGCAGGAUUUUGAUCCAACCUCAGCUCAUGUGUGUCAGCCCUGCAACUGUAACCCUGCUGGAACUGUCCAAGGUACCACAGAGUGUGCCCAGAUUGGAGGACAGUGUCACUGCAAAGUUGCAGUAACAGGCCGUCAAUGCACUCACUGUUUGCCUGGUUGGUAUGGUCUCGAUGCUACAAAUCCAAAUGGCUGCACAUCCUGUAACUGUAGUGACCAAGGAACCAUGAGCCCCUCAACAGUAGAAGUUUCCAUCUGCAACCAGGACACAGGGCAGUGCCACUGUAAACCCCAUGUCACAGGUCUGUCAUGUGACCGCUGUGAGUUUGGAUAUUGGAACCUUUCCCACCCAGAUGGCUGCAUCCCAUGUGACUGUGACCCUUUGGGUUCCCUCAGUCCAUUUUGUGAGCCCAAUGGGGGGCAGUGUGAGUGCAAGCCUGGGGUGGGAGGCCGUCAAUGUGACUUAUGCGGUAGGGGAUUGUAUGGUUUAACAAUAGAGGGAUCCUGUGCCCCCUGCAACUGCUCACUUGAUGGGACAGUACCUGGGACAAACUGUGAUCCAUACACAGGCCAGUGUGUAUGUAAGGAAUAUGUACAAGGCCAUCAUUGUGAUUCAUGUCGUCGUGGUUACCACACCCUUGAGCAUCGCAACAGCCUGGGCUGCCUGCCGUGUCUAUGUGACAUCAGUGGAACUUUGUCAGAGGGUGUGUGCAGUAAGAAGACAGGACAAUGCCCCUGCAAGGAAGGAGUCGAGGGAGCCCACUGUACCAGCUGUAUUCCAAACUACUAUAAUAGUAGUUUGGACCAUGAGAGUUUUUCACAGGGCUGUGUGCCAUGUAUCUGUGACCCCAGGGGAACAGUGACAGGGUCAACAUGUGACAGCAACACGGGGCAAUGUGUUUGUAUCCCAUCGCGACAAGGAAAGGACUGCAGCAGCUGCCGACCUGGCUUCUACCUCAGCCCAGAUCAUAGCAUGUGUUUGGAGUGUGACUGCCAUCCUAUGGGAGCAAUGCAACUUAGUUGUGAAAGCCAGAAUGGACAGUGUGUCUGUGCUCAUCCCUCAGUGGGAGGAAGACGCUGUGACCAAUGUCGUGAGAACUUCUUUGGAUUUAACCCUGGUCUGGGAAGAUGUCAGCCUUGUGCUUGUGACCCAUUCGGCAGUCUCAAUAGUUCAUGUGAUCCAGACACAGGUGUGUGUACAUGUAAGCUGUUGGUAACUGGAGAUAAAUGUGAUUCAUGCCAGCCUGGAGCCAUUUCAUUUGAUCCAGAGAACCCCUUCGGAUGCAGCAAAGCCCCUUCCCAGCAGCCUGCACCACUUGGUCUGGCUCCUAGUUACUCCUCAAUCUAUCUCUCGUGGCAUCCACCUGACUCCCCAAAUUCACACAGACUCAACUACACUCUCAUGAGGGAUGGACUCUCAGUUCAUACCAUUCAAAGUCAUUUUCCAUUUAAACUGGAAUCCUUUGAAGAUGGUAAUUUGUUUCCAUUUACCAACUACUCCUACUGGCUCAUAACAGCAAAUGUGGCUGGUGAGACAAUAAGUGCAUCAACCUCCUACCAGACUUUAGGAGCACCUCCUUCUGCAGAGCAGCUUGUCUUAAACCUCCUUGGACGACCAGGUCCAUACAGUGCAAGCUUUAACUGGAGCAUACCGAGAAAUGAUAAAGGUCCAGUCCAAAGGUUUGUUUUAUCCUCAGUGGGGUCAUCUAAUGAAGCAGAGCCAGUUAUUCACUACACAGGUUUAUCUACAGAGGCUGUGGCUAGCGGUUUAAAGUCCUUUACGCAGUACUCUGUAACAUUGAAGGCAUGCUCUUCUGGCGGUUGCACCUCUGGCCCACCAUUGUCUAUUCUCACAGCUGCUGCACCCCCACAAAACCAGUCUGCUCCCAGAAUCAAUGCUACAGGACCUCAUACGCUGCAUGCUUUUUGGGAGCCCCCUAGUCAGCCCAAUGGUGUUAUUACAAAGUAUGAGUUGUAUCUCCGUGGGCCUUUGGAAAUGAACCAAGUGUCAAGUUUUAACUCUGAGAGGAGAGUUUUCUUCAGCUCUGGUUGGCUGGAUCCAAGUGUCGUCCCACAACCAAAGCCAGCCAAGAGGAGUUCAUUGUCUGCCCCUAAAAAUAGUACCAUCAUAGAGGGUCUUCAGGCAUUUUCAGUUUAUCAGCUGAGAGUUGUUAGCAUCAACAGGGCUGGAAAUGUUUCAUCGGAUUGGACCACUGCACACACCUUGGAGGGAGUCCCAGAGUUUGUGGCUCCUCCAGAUGUAUCUGCACUAUCAUCCAGCUGCCUCAACAUUACAUGGAACUCUACUGAGGGUUAUGGCAUCAUUGCCAGAGGGCAGGUCAUGGAGUACAGAGUCAAUUUACUAACUGAGCAAUUCUCCAAUCCCUAUGCUCCUCCUGUUGUCAGUCAGGUCUUGCAUAGAAUGGGGCCAUCAUCACUGCCUGCUUACAUCGUUCAAGGAUUGAAACCGUACCAUGUGUACAACUUCACUAUCACGCUGUGCACAAGAAUGGGUUGCAUUACAAGUACACCCAGCUCAGGGCGGACCUUACCAGCAGUGCCUACAGGACUGAGUCCACCUCGUUUACGUCCCUUAAAUGAAACCACCAUUCAGAUAGAUUGGGAUCCUCCAGAUCAACUUAAUGGACCAAGCCCACUGUAUCAG